GCCCUUUUCUUAUUUUACAUCCGAGCUCCCCACUGCAGCAAGUCACUGUAUUAUGUCAGUAAUAACGAUAUAGGGCGGAGUGUGUGCAUUGUACGACUACUGUCUCAACACUGCGAACACACUGAAGUGUUUGUCAUCAGUUCAGUCUGAACAGUUAAGUCUUGCUUAACUGUCAACUGGUCCCAAGACGGUUUACACUGGACUCGUGUCUCGUGUUUGGAAAGACGGUAGAUGAUGGUCGUGUUGUUGUUGCUGGUUGCCUUUGUUUGUAUGGGCCUCUCCCACGGCAGUCAUGAGGAGAAGUACUAUGGGGACACCAUUUACAUUCGGCUGCUCAGGAAGCCUGACUUCGUUGAGUUCAGCCCCAACGACAACUCAAACGUGACGAUCUUGUGGAAACAGGGUGAUCGUUCAGUCACGUUGGACAAAAAGUUUAAAAUGACAGCCAGCUACUUUAGAAUAUCUCAUUUAACUCAGAAAGACAGUGGUCGCUACACAAUGAGAGACAAAGAUCUGAAAGAAAUAUCCAACUACACACUUGAAGUAAAAGCAACCGCAUUGAUAUAUUAUCGGAAAACUGGUGACCACUUCACCUUCAACUAUGGUCUGGAACCAAACUCCUGCAACAUUUACUUCUUCCCAGAAAGCGACCGUCAGCCGAGAAAGUUGAAGAAUACGAUAGUUCAUCAAGGAAAGCUGCAGGGGGGUUUGAAUGGAUCUGGUUGUACAGGGUUUGAUCUGUUAGGGCCAUGUGGCAUUUCGAAAAAGGUCCUCCAGAUGUCAUGCAGCGGACGCUAUGAGAUCAGAGAUCAGAAUGACAACACAGCCUUCGUGGUGUCAAUGAAAAUGAGUCCACUACCUUACGAGCCAUCUCAUAUUGGUAUUGGGAUUGGUGCUUUCCUCGUCUCACUUUUCUGCUCUUGCGUGAAGUGCUGCUGCUGUGGUAAGAGCAAGUCCGAAGAGAACGGAUCUGAGACUGCUGCUGCUGAACCAGAUGUUCAAUACCAAGAGUAUGACACUGAGCCUGUUGGACCGAGGUCAGGCCAACUCAUUGAUCCCUCUGGGACACAUGACACCGAUCAGCCUUCUUCUACUGUGACUGACCCGCUGGUACGCGAUCAUCCUUUUGUGGAUUUGCCACCAUCUUAUUCUGAGGUUUCAGCUCCAGCAGAGCAGCCAGACGCUCCAACUGUCCCUGUCCACUCUGACCCUGAGCCAACGUUUGAAUUUAAGGGGAUGACCGUUACCUCUGCUCCCCCACUCGGUUCAGAAUCAACUAACUCUGAUGUUUAUACCUCAGACAAACUCAACUUCCUCUGAGAGCCUUGAUUUCUACCUUAGCAUAACCAAUGAGACCGUAGCAAUAAGUGUACAAGAGAGUUUUUCUUAUAAUGUCAAAGUGCCCUUUUAUCCACAUUACCUCUUUCACAGCCAUUUGCAUUUGCAAAGCCUGUUAUUUACAGUAGUUUUGAUGUAUUCUACUCUGUCUCUGAUUGGCUAGGACUCGUUGCCUCCUUCGCAGAAUUUGUUGGCUUUAUAGAUGAUGAUCAAGAUUGGUGGAAGAUUGGGAGAGUUAAUGAUUUCAACUCGGAUGUGGAUGUUUUUAUAACCAUGGCAGCCUUGUGUAGUGCUCUCUUAUAUAAUCACAAUGUCCUGAUUGUGGGAGAAAAUUGUUUUAUGAAAAUGUUGCAAUGCACAUUGCUAUUCAUGAUCCUGA